AUGUUCUCCUCAACUCUCUUCCUCUCCCUCAUCGCCGCCACCGGCACCCUCGCCGCACCCGCCGCCGACAACAUCUUCCAGAAGCGCGAGCUCUCCUGUCAAGACAACGGCGGCGGCUACCAGCCCGUCUCGGCCGCUCAGAGCUGCGUCGACUAUCUCAACAACAAGAGCGGCGACGACUGCGCCAUCAAGGGCGAGAACGGAAUCUUCUGCCAGAACGGCGAUCUUGUCAUCGCCGGCAGCAACAUCAGCGGCAAGGACAGCACGUCUUCUUCUUGUGGUGACGUUGCUGCUGCUGCCCAGGCGGUUAUUGAUAGCUGCACUAACUCUCAGCAGCAGGUUGCAGGCUACAAUGAGGCUCGUGGUAACGGUGACCUGAUUGUUUCCAUCAACCACAAAUAG